UGUUAGAUUACAUGAAUCACUUCGUUUAGUCAUUGAUGCAGUAAACCGAAUCCGAAGCAACGCGUUGAAUAUGCGGUUAUUUGCGCAGUUGUGUGAAGAAAAUGACGAACACUUUCAUCAAUUACUCCUUCACAGUGAAGUACCCUGGCUGUCGAAAGGCAAGAUUGACAAGGUUUUUUGCACUUUUUGAGACUAUUUUAGAAUUUCUGUAUACUAAAGGUAAAAUUUUAAAAGAAACUUUAAUGAAGAGGAAAACAGAUAUCGUCUAUUUAGCAGAUUUGUUUACAAAAUUUAAUAUGGUUAAUUUGCAAUUACAAGGCGACAGUUUAAAUUUGAUUAAAACAAAGUCCAUCUUAUGAGCGUUUCUUGCCAGAGUUAAACUAAUGAAGCAAAAUAUUGGACGGGGUUCCCCAAUUUGUCACCGGCGGCAAGCUGCCAGGAAGACGACGUUUCAACUUACGUUCAACAUUUAAAUGCCCUCUAUUCAGAUUUUGAAUCUAGGUAUGAGGAUAUUUUGACUAUGGUAAUACCACCGUGGAUAAUUAAUCCAUAUGGUGACAUAGACGAAACGAAUGUCGUAAUACAAGAGGAACUGACUGAACUAAGUACAAACGAAGAACUUAAGGUUCAGUUUAAAAACGGAUAUCAGCAAUUCUGGCUGCAAAACAACAUACCCGUUACUUAUCCCGAUGAGUCGAAACGGUGA